AUGACUACUGAAUCAAAGCCUGGCCGACUCGCUGGCAAAAAUGCCAUCAUCACGGGAGCUGCUGGCGGCAUAGGUCUGGAAACGACAAUCCUCUUCGCCAAAGAAGGCGCCUCCGUCCUCAUGGCCGACAUUUCCGAACCCGCCCUAGCAAAGGCCCUCGCCAAAGUCAAGGAACUCGUCCCCAACCCCCCUCGCCUGGAGACCAUCAGGUGCGACGUGUCCAAGGAAUCCGAUGUUCAGGCAGCGGUCGAAUCUCAAGACCGACAUGGCGGCAUCGACAUCAUGUUCAACAACGCCGGCAUCAUGCAUGCCCAGGACGACGACGCCAUUAACACGCCCGAGCAAAUCUGGGACCUGACUCACGCCAUCAACGUCAAGGGCGUAUGGUACGGAAGCAAGCACGCCGUGCUAUCCAUGCGAAGACACCAGAAGAAAAAGGGCUCCGUGAUCAACGUCGCGAGCUUCGUCGCGUUGGUGGGCGCGGCCACACCCCAACUCGCCUACACAGCCUCCAAGGGCGCCGUAUUAGCCAUGACGCGCGAACUGGCAAUUGUCCACGCCCGGGAAAACAUCAGAUUCAACUCCCUGUGCCCGGGACCCUUGAACACGCCCUUGUUGCAGGACUGGUUGGGUGACGAUUUGCAAAAGAGACAUAGGCGCGAGGUGCAUUUUCCCAUGGGUCGAUUUGGUGAGGCGAUCGAGCAGGCCCAGGCGGUGCUGUUCUUGGCCAGUGAUGAGAGUAGCUUUGUCAAUGCGACUGAGUUUGUGGUCGACGGCGGGUUGAGCAGGGCAUAUGUGACAGGGGAGGGGCCGCCAGCUGCGGCGCCAGUAAACAAUGUGCGCUGGUAA